CCCAUAAUAGUACCUACCUACUUUGGUGUCUAGUACAUACUACUAUAGUACACCUACCUAGGUCCUAGUAGUAUCUAUCUACUUACCUAGUAGUGUGUCUACUACUUUAAGUCAAUGGUAGUUACUACCUUCUCCUAAAGACUACCUACCUACAUACAACCAAAAAGGGAAAUAACAGAGGAAAAGAGGAAAGAAAAAGAAAAGAAAAAGAGAAAGGAAAGCCCGAUUUAUCCUCUCCCCCCCCUCUCUCCCUACCUUUGCUCCCCACUCGAAAUUGGUGUUAUUUCCAUUAUUAUUCGCUAUUUUAUUCGCUAUUGUUAUAUUAGUAAAAUAACGGUCUGUUACUCGCCAACCAUACAAAGCCAUACAGCCAUAAUACUGGCCCAUACAUACAAUUUUUGGCGGAUCGUACUUGUCCACAGACCCCCCCGGAUUUCCUACACUUAAAAGUCCCACGUCUUAUCAUUUUAAAUGUUUACACAAUCCACGCCGUCUUCAACGGGCUUUUUCCCGCCUCUUACUUCUUCUACAACUGCACCAGCAUCUUCUACUUCUGUUGCAGGUAGAGGUAGUCGUCUUCGAGGUUUGAUCCAUCUCCAUAUCUUGUCGCGCGACAACUCUAGUAGCCUUGCCCACCACCACAAUAGGCUUUCCUCCCAUGCCCACGAUACAUCUGCGCCCUCAAUUCAACCCUCUCCCCCCACAUCAUUCGCUCCCGUCUCGACUUUGGCCGCACCUGAACUUAGUUCAAACCCGAUCACCACGACAACAGAUUCAAUCAACGAAUAUAACAGGAUCCACCGCCGCCGAACCAGUAAAUUUUCUGAAGCUGCUUCUGAAGCUCUGUUGAAUUCAAGAUCAGAUCCGACCCAGGCUGAAACUACGGAACAACCACUCGAAGCAGACAUGACGCGGACAAGAUCAGCAACAACAGGCGACAUGGCCCACGAAGUAUUACCCACCAUAAGAUUCUCGGCAUUCUACGACGCACGAUCGAAUCGGCCCUCUUUAUCCUUCACCCCAAUUUCACGAACGCUACCUACCGGCAAGGAAACAAUCAAGGUUGGCCGAUAUUCCGAGCGAGAAAAUCAUGCCCCUAUUCCUAUCAAUACACCAUCUGCGGCCCCCGUUGGCUUCAAGAGUAAGGUAGUGAGCCGCCGUCAUUGCGAGUUCUGGUUCGAGAAGGGAAAAUGGUAUAUCAAGGACGUCAAAAGUUCUUCCGGGACAUUUCUCAAUCAUAUUCGUCUCAGCGCUCCGGGCACCGAAUCUAAGCCAUUUCCUAUCAACGAUGGUGACAUUGUCCAACUUGGAAUAGACUUCAAAGGCGGAGAGGAGAUGAUCUACCGAUGCGUCAAGAUGCGGAUAGAGUUGAAUCGGGGCUGGCAAUCCAAGCCUAAUACCUUCAACAUGGCAACGCACAAGCGCUUACGAGACUUAACCUCGACAUCCACAUCAUCUCAUGCGCAAGAUUGUUCUAUUUGCCUGAAUGCGAUUGCACCCUGCCAAUCUCUAUUUGUUGCACCAUGUUCCCAUACAUGGCAUUACAAGUGCAUUCGUGAAAUGUUAAGUGGACCAUCGUGGCCAAUAUUCAUAUGCCCGAAUUGCCGAGCUACUGCCGACCUGGAUGCAGAAGUGGACGAGCCAUCAGAUGACUGGCAACAAUUAGAUUCGGGCGUAGAAGAUACUCAGGAAGAAAAGUCGGCGGGCCCCGCAGCUCCAGACAAUGACGAGAUUGUGGCGCUCGAGACUUCGCAAACGAAUACCAACGGCAGCGUACAGCCGCCGACCAUCGAGGGCGAGGCGGGCGAUAUGACAAUGCUUAUCAACCCGAGCGCGGUGGUGCAACCAAGUCCGUCCAGGCACACCAUGGUAGAACCGGUCCCGAUACCCAAUGCAACACCCCGCGCAACUGAGGGUGAUCGGUCUGCAACCAAUCGCACGCCAUCACCGAACAGCAACCUCUUAGCCAAUGGCCACGAAGGUCCAAUCACACCGCGCAACGAUGCGGGUCCGUGGGUGUUUGAUGGUAAUCCCGAACGAGUAAGCCAAGAAAGCACCAGACAACCGGGCAUGAGUAGUCUAGAUGCCGCAGCACAAGGAGAAGUCGAUCGAUCGUAGAAGGGUUAUCGGCUUUGUUACUGUCUCAAUAUAUUUAUUAUCUGAGCCUAUUGCCACCUUCAUCCGUCGAUUUGAACGAAGGAUCUAAGGGGAAAGGGCUGUCUACGUUGACACUACCUUACACACUGCACUCCCUCCCUACCUAAUGUGCAGCCGAAGACUUGUUCAGCCCAUACCAAUACCAGGCGGCUUGGGACAAACACCCUUUUUGGCAGUCUUUGAGAUGAGCUACCGAUGGUUCAGUUAAUGAU